AUGGAUUCAAAGGAAAAGAAACAGACAAAGAGAAAACAAGCGCAUCAAAAUACAUUUGCAUUUAGGCAUAAUCCAAACUCAUCACUGACCAAGGAAAUUGCAGCAAUAAAAAUAUCUGGGCUGUGCAGAAGAUGCACUGACAAAAUUGACUGGAGAAAGAAGUACAGAAAGUACAAAAUUCAAACACAUGUAUCUAGAUGCACAGUGUGCCUAGAAAAAAGCAUAACAAAGGCAUAUAACAUAGUGUGUGAGCCCUGUGGAGAGGCUAAAACCAUCUGCAGAAUGUGCAAAGUGGUUCUUUGCUUUGAGACAUGCGCACCACUAGAGCAAGUACUUGCAGCACAAAAGAAAGAAAAUACUGCAGCUCCAGAAAAGAAUCCAGAAGAAGUAAAAACUGCGCCAUCUGGUGUAACAGACGAACAAGAUUUAGUAUCAGAAGAAGCCUCAAUAAGUGAUGCAUCCGGUUGUGCAUUAAGUGAGGACUUAGUAGAUGAAUGA